CAUGCCACAACGGCGGCAUCAUGGCGCUUAGUCGGAGCGCCGGCUGCUGCGGCUGCGGCCCGAUCAACGAGGACAACGCGCGGUUCCUGCUGCUCGCCUUGCUCAUCGUCCUCUACCUGCUGUGCGGGGCCGCCGUCUUCUCCGCGCUGGAGCAGCCCAAGGAGAAGGAGGCCAAGGAGCGCUGGGCGCACAGGUUCGAGCUCUUCCGGCAGACGCACAACCUGAGCAGGAAGGAGCUCGACAACUUCCUCAGGAACUACGAGGAAGCCAACGUGGCGGGGAUCCGCGUGGACGCCGUCAGACCGAGAUGGGACUUCACCGGGGCGUUUUACUUCGUGGGGACCGUGGUUUCCACUAUUGGUUUUGGGAUGACCACACCCGCCACCGUCGGAGGCAAAGUCUUCCUGAUGUUCUACGGCCUCCUGGGCUGCGCCGCCACCAUCCUCUUCUUCAACCUCUUCCUGGAGCGGGUCAUCACCGUCAUCGCCGUGGUCCUCAAGUCCUGCCACGAGCGCCGCCACCACAAGGCGCUUCCCCUUGCCCAAAACGGUCCCAAAGUCCGAGCCAAGACCAAGGCGGAGGACCUGGCCGGCUGGAGGCCGUCGGUGUAUUGCGUCAUGCUCAUCCUGGGAGCGGCGGCCGUGUCGGUGUCCUGCUGCGCCUCGUUCAUGUACUCUGCCGCCGAGGGUUGGAGCUACCUGGACUCGCUCUACUUCUGCUUCGUGGCUUUCAGCACCAUCGGCUUUGGAGAUAUGGUGAGCAGCCAGCGCGUGGUCUACGAGGGCCACGGCACGGCGGCGUACCGGCUGGGCAACUUGGUGUUCAUCCUCUUGGGCGUCUGCUGCAUCUACUCCCUCUUCAACGUCAUCUCCAUUGUCAUCAAGCAGGUCCUCAACUGGCUGCUGAGGAGCCUCGAAGCCCCCUGCAGAUGUUGUUACCCCAAAAGGGGCCACCGCCCGCACUGCCACCCCCGUCGGAAUGUGGUGGCCCCGGGUCACCUGCGAACCCGCAGAGAACCUUCCAUAGAGACAGACGCCGUCAAUGACAGCGAGACUGACGCCGCCGGGCGCAGGAUGUCUGGAGAGAUGAUCUCCAUGAGGGACUUUCUGGCGGCAAACAAGGUCAACCUGGCCCUCAUGCAGAAGCAACUGUCCGAGAUGGCCGUCGGGCACCCGCGCCAACCCGGCUCCACGUCCUCGCGUCCCAACGGCUUCUCGGAGGGCGUGGGCGCCCUGGGCAUCAUGAACAACCGGCUGGCGGAGACCAGCGUGGACAGAUAGGAGGACCGCAAAGGAUGGCGGACAAAGAUGCUUCCCUGGACUUUGGAGCAUGCGUUUUCUAGACCUGGGGUGUCCGAAGUGCGGCCCGGGGGGCUCCUUUUUUAACGGCCCGCGGUGCAUUCUAAAAAUACUAUUACAAAAAACAAACAUAAAAAG